UGCAAAUUUUAUUGGUACAAUAGGUGCAUCAGAUUUAGGUUUUGGUUUAGCAAUUUGCAUUAAUCUCUCAAAUUUGACACUUGAACUUUAGUACAAUUUAAUUUAUGAUGAAGGUGCAUCAGGCUUAGGUUCAGCUUUAGCAAAAUGCAUUAAUCUCUCAAAUUUGACACUUGACCUUUAGUCUAAUUAUUUUGGAGAUAAAGGUGCAUCAGGCUUAUGUUCUGCUUUAGCAAAUUGCAUUAAUCUCUCAAAUUUGACACUUAGACUUUGUUACAAUUCAAUUGGUGCAAUGGGUGCAUCAGGCUUAGGUUCAGCUUUAGCAAAGUGCAUUAAUCUCUCAAAUUUAAAACUUGAUCUUCGGUCUAAUUAAAUUGGUGAUAAAGCUGCAUCAGGCUUAGGUUCAGCUUUAGCAAAAUGCAUUAAUCUCUCAAAUUUGACACUUUACCUUGAGUAAAAACAGUUUAUUUGUUUUGAAUUGUGA